UGGGGAGGUAAUGAACUAACUGGGUUUGUUGCCACCAUGGCAGAGUCAUAGAAUCAGAGCGUCUGUCUGCAGGGAGAGAGCCUGGGGGGACUUGGGGAGUGACAUGGACUCCAGCCCCUUAUGAAACCUGCCCAAUCUCCCUGCUCCUCCGACAGGCUGAGGAAUCGCAUCCACGUUUCGCUCCAGAUUGUCCCGUCUUGCAGGGGACAGGGCAGGGAAAUGGCUGUGAUGGAGCCAGCUGAGAUGCCGGUGACCUUCGAGGAGGUGGCUGUGUAUUUCACCCAGGGACAGGGGGCUUUGCUGGACCCUGCUCAGAGAGCCCUCUACAGGGAUGUCAUGCAGGAGAACUACGAGACAGUGACCUCGCUGGGAUUUCCCCUUCCCAAACCUGGCCUGAUCACCCGGCUGGAACGAGGGGAAGAGCCGUGGGUGCCCGAUCUCCAGGCCUGUGAGGAAAGAGAGAUCCCAAGAGGUGCCCACACAGAGCAGGGCUGCAUGCAGCAGAUAUCACUGACAUCGCUUCCCAUGUGUCCUGUUCACUGCAGGAGUUUCCUUCCCAACUGGGAAGUGGAGGGAGAAUCCAAUUGCUCCAUCUCUCCAACCUUUAGUAUGUUGGGUUUUCCCUCGGUUCUAUUCCUCUUAAUUUCUCCGCAGCAGAAUGACUCCUGUCUGCACUGUCUCUCUCCCAGCAGGUGAUGAGAGAGUGAGUGAGAAGAAGGAGGGGAAUCAACAUCAGGAAAUUCCUGGGCACGGGGAACCACAGGGGAUUUCUGUGGGAAGAGCUGAAGGGAAUUUUUCCCAGUGCUUGGCACAGGGAGAAGCCUGGGGAAAUUGGCAGAGGUCAAAGAGGCUGCUGGGAAACCACUCAAGGGAGCAACUGGAUGGAUCUAUUAUAUGUGGGGAAGGACACAGGGAUCCCACAGCCCGGCAGACAACCCCCAAGGCCGACAAACGCUAUGAAUGCCUCGGUUAUGGGAAAGGAUUCAUUCUGAGACCGGUGCUUCUUACCCUUCAGGCAAUAAAUACUGGGGAGAAAACACUUCAAUGCUUGGACUGUGGGGAAAACCUCAAUAAGCGCUCAGAUCUUACUAACCAUGGGAGAAGCCACAUGGGAGAGAAACCCUCUGGGUGCCUUGAGAGCAGGAAUUGUUUGAAUUGGAAGUCAGCACUGAUUACACAUCAGCUAAUCCACACAGGAGAGAGACCCCACAAGUGCUUAGACUGUGGGAAAAAAUUCGUAUGGAGGUCAGGCCUAAUUAAACAUCAGAAAAUCCACACAGGAGAGAGACCUCAUCAGUGUUUAGACUGUGGGAAAACUUUCAUAGAGAGGUCAAACCUUGUUGCACAUCAAGUAGUCCACACCAGAGAGAGACCCCAUAAGUGCUUAGACUGUGGGAAAAGUUUCACACGGAGAUCAGCCCUGGUUACACAUCAGAGAUUACACACAGGAGAGAGACCCCAUAAGUGCUUAGACUGUGGAAAAAGUUUCACACAAAGGCCAACUCUUCUUAAACAUCAGAGAAUACACACAGGAGAGAGACCCCAUAAGUGCUUGGUCUGUGGGAAAAGUUUCACAUGGAGAUCAGCCCUGGUAACACAUCAGGGAUUACACACAGGAGAGAGACCCCAUAAGUGCUUAGACUGUGGAAAAAGUUUCACACAAAGGCCAACCCUUCUUAAACAUCAGAGAAUACACACAGGAGAGAGACCCCAUAAGUGCUUGGACUGUGGGAAAAGUUUCACAUGGAGAUCAGCCCUGGUUACACAUCAGAGAAUACACACGGGAGAGAGACCCCAUAAGUGCUUAGACUGUGGGAAAAAAUUUGUACAGAGGUCAGGCCUAUUUAAACAUCACAAAAUCCACACAGGAGAGAGACCCCAUAAGUGCUUGGAAUGUGGGAAAAGUUUCAUACAUAGGUCCCACCUUGUUAAACAUCAAGCCAUCCACACCGGAGAGAAACUCCAUAAGUGCUUAUGUUUAUAAUGUUAUAUAUGCUUAUAAUGUUUUUCUGUGUUUUCAUAUCUAUUGAUUUCUCUCACAACAAAGAAUAGAAAGUGUACAGUGCUCACUUUAUAUUAUUUUUUAUUUCAAAUAUUUGUACUGUAAACAUGCAAAACAAAAAUAGCCUUUUUCAGUUCCCCUCAUAGAAGUGCUGUCGUGCAAUCUCUUUAUCAGGAAAGUGUAACUUAGAAACACAGAUGAUUUUAAUUAUAUAAGUGCAGUGAAAAAUAAAGCAAUUAAAAACUUUAGAGCCUAGAAGUCCACUCAGUGCUACUUCUUUUUCUGCCACUCGCUAAGACAAACCAGUUUGUUUACAUUUACGGGAGCGACUGCUGCCUGCUUCUAAUUUAUGAUGUCACCGGAAAGUGUGAGAAGGCGUUCCCAUGGCCUGUUUGUAGCUGGCAGCGCAGGUAUUUAAGUGCAAGAUAUGCUAAACAUGCCUAUGUCCCUUCAUGCUUCGGCCACCAUUCCAGUGGAGGAUGCUCAUUUAAAAAAAAUAAUGCAUUAAUUCCAUUUGUGACUGAACUCCUUGAAGGAGACUUGUAUGUCCCCUGUCCUGUUUUACACACCUUCUGCCAAAUAUGUCAUCAUAUCGAAGUCACGGAGAAUGACCUAGCACAUGGGGGGACACUUUCACUGCAGAUUUGACAAAACGCAAAGAAAGUAACUAUCUGCGAUUUCGAAAGAUAGCUACAGCACUCGGCCCAAGGUUUAAGAAUCUGAAGUGUCUUCCAAAAUCUGAGAGGGAUGAGGUGUCGAUCUGGUCUGCUUUGGAUCGUUAUCGAUUAGAACCCGUCGUUAGCAUGGAGGCAUGUCCUCUGGAAUGGUGGUUGAAGCAGGAAGGGACCUAUGACCCUUUAGAGCAUCUGGCAUGUAAAUAUCUUGCAACGCUGGCUGCAAUAGUGUCACGCGAAUGCCUAUUUUCACUUUCAGGUGACACUGUAAACAAGAAGCGGGCAGCAUUAUCUCCUGCAAAUUGUAACCAAACUUGUUUUUCUGAAUGAUUGGCCGAAGAAGAAGUAGGACUGAGUGGAGUUGUAGGCUCCAAAGUUUUACAUUGUUUUAUUUUUGAAUGCAGUUAUUUUUUGCACAUAAUUCUACAUUUGUAAGUUCAACUAUCAUGAUAAAGAGAUUGCAUACAGUACUUGCAGUUGGUGAAUUGAAAAAUACUAUUUCUUUUGUUUUUUACAGUGCAAGUAUUUGUAAUAAAAAAUAUAAAGUGAUCACUGUACACUUUGUAUUCUGUAAAAACAACAAGGAAUCCUUGUGGCACCUUAGAGACUUAACACAUUUCUUUGGGCAUAAACUUUUGUGAGCUAUAACCCAUCAUCAGAUGCAUGGAGUGUAUUCUGUGUUGCAGUUGAAAUCAAUAUAUUUGAAAAUGUAUAAAACAUCCAAAAUAUUUAAAUAAAUGGUAUUUUAUUAUUGUUUAGGAGCACGAUGAAUCACGAUUAAUUUUUUUAAUCACUUGACAGCCCUAGAACAUAGUAAUUGUAGUAGUCUAUGUUAAUCUGUAACGAGAUAUAGAUUAACAGUGUAACCAAAGGGUUUCUGUCAACGACUGUAUUUUGUUCAUUCAGAAGUCAAAAGGAAAUAUUAACAUUUAAAUGAAACUUGGGUGUAAUAAGGUCAUUGUGUAUAUAUCUCUCUCUUUAAAGUUUGUGGUAAACUGUCUAUGAACGGCUUUAUAGAUAAUUACCUUAUAUUAAUCCAUGUAGUUUUAUUACCUGUGAUGUUUGGGAAAUAGGAGGUUACUUCCAAAACCUAUUGUUCACCCAAGGACUGCCUGCUGUCGAGAGGCUGCAAAAACGUCUACAUAAACUCUUGGGACCUGAUCCUUUUAUCUCAGAUCUUCUUAAGCUUUAUUCAGGGGGAGUUCGAGUCAUAAGAUUGAGAUCUCCAAUCCUCUCUGGACCGUCCCGAUAUUGAACAUUUGGACAUUGGACUAGAACGUGAUGAAAUGAUUCUGAAAAGGACUCUUUUCAAUUAUAACGCGCCAUCUCUAUGGUCAAACUGACCUAGGGACUCUAUUCGCAUUUGUAUGUCUAAUGAUCUUUUAGCCAAUACUGCCUUUUCUUCUUUUAAUACAUCGUACUUUAGUUAACAA